AAGUUGGGGAGUUCGAAACAAUAAUGAGUAAGAAGCUUCGAACAGGAAGAAAAUUUAAACCGGGGCAAUCGAAGCCAAAGCCGUGAGGUUCUCUGCGUCCGCCAGAAAAAAGAAAGAAGGUUAGGAGAGUUUUCAGAAUCAGAAAAGAGCUUGGAACGAAAAGCUAAAACACGCCGUUCAAGUUCAACCAUGGCGAUGGCUGCGCUGAGACGAGAAGGGAGGCGCUUCGUCCCCAUGAUCUCUCCUAAUUCCAUGAAUGCCGCUCGAUCUUCUAUCCUUUCCGAUGAUCUGGCCCCUCAUGGCGCACGCUCUAUUUCAACCCAAGUAGUCAGAAAUCGAAUGAAGAGUGUCAAAAAUAUUCAGAAAAUCACAAAGGCAAUGAAAAUGGUGGCAGCUUCCAAGCUACGAGCAAUUCAAGUUAGAGCAGAAAAUUCACGUGGCCUAUGGCAACCAUUCACUGCACUUCUUGGUGAUACUCCUAGUGUUGAUGUCAAGAAGAAUGUUAUUGUUACCAUUUCCUCUGACAAGGGUCUUUGUGGUGGAAUAAACUCUACAUCAGUCAAGAUCAGCAAGGCUCUUUACAAGUUGAAUUCUGGUCCUGACAAGGAAACAAAGUAUGUCAUUUUGGGCGAAAAAGCAAAGGCUCAACUUGUACGUGACUCAAAGAAGGACAUUGAUAUAUCUAUAACUGAGCUGCAAAAGAAUCCUUUGAACUAUACCCAGGUUGCAGUUCUUGCAGAUGAUAUAUUAAAGAAUGUUGAAUAUGAUGCUUUGAGGAUUGUCUUCAACAAGUUCCAUUCAGUUGUCUCUUUUGUGCCAACAGUGGCAACUGUACUAUCUCCUGAGGUUGUGGAGAGAGAAGCUGAAUCUGGAGGCAAACUUGGUGACCUUGAUUCCUAUGAAAUUGAAGGCGGUGAGACAAAAGGGGAAAUUCUUCAAAAUCUUGCUGAAUUCCAAUUUUCAUGCGUUUUGUUCAAUGCGGUAUUGGAGAAUGCAUGCAGUGAGCAAGGAGCAAGGAUGUCUGCCAUGGACAGUUCUAGCAGAAAUGCUGGGGAAAUGCUUGACCGCCUCACUCUUACUUAUAACAGAACACGCCAAGCAUCCAUUACCACAGAACUGAUUGAGAUUAUAUCUGGAGCUUCAGCACUUGAAGGCUAAUCUUGCCAAGUCCAAGUCUACUUGACAACUGUGAAAAUAAAACCGUAGUAGGAGAUUACAAUUGGUGGUACCCUUUACUGACUAAAGAUUUUUGUUGAGAUACUGCAAUAAUGUUCCCAAAAUAAAAUUAAUUUUAGGUUUCUUGGUGACCAUCUUUUUUGUCUCAUCUUUGUGGAGCUCAUAAUCUGUAAUCUUAUUUGAUUACUGGUCUAAGGAUCCUUACGUUUCGUAGUUUAAAUAUAGGCCUUGUUUUUCAUGCA